AUGUCUUCUGUCUUCUCUUCAACCUUGCAAGACAUCACCACCACCAAGCUAUCAGAGCUGUCAAGAAGACGAACCAUCUUCGAAGACCAGAAGUCCUCCCUUCUUACCUCUGCCCAACUUCAAUCUGACCAGAAGAAGAGGCUUGCUAUCCUAGUGGAGGCUCUGAAACAAUGCUUCGCGGUCAAGACAGCAAAACGCAAGAGAGGAGAUAGACGUGGAGGAGCCGGGCGUAUCAUCAGCGGAAGCACCGAUGACCCUCGUCUCGAGGUCAUGCUCAAGAACUUCGAACGCUUUCUCGAACAGGCCAGAUACGAUCCGUCCAUUUCGCCAAAGCUUCUAGGAGAUUGGGAGCAGUCUCUCAUGAAACGACUUGAUGUCCAGUCCUUGAAGUACCAGUAUGCGACUCUAUAUGGCCAGCUCGUGACGGAGUGGCUUUCUGCCGAGAAGCAGGAGUCUGCUGCCGAUACUUCGUCCGAUGAUGCCAUAGAAGGAUCCGAGGAGGUCAAUAUGGCGGCUAGAGAUGCGUCACGUGUAGAAUGGGAGGAGCUUGUCUUCGAGCCUUAUCAAACGGACGAAGCGGCAAUUUCCGAGUAUCUGCGCCACCUGUUUGGGGAAAACGGAAAGGACAAGCAAGCUGCCAAAGCGCUCGAGGCUCUUCGAAAAGAAGUCGAAGCCUUUGAGAGUCAGCUUUCCUCUCCUGGUCAGUUCAACGAGCCGGUGCUUCGCUGGACAAUAAAGGGUCUUCUGAACUCGAACCUUCUCUCCGAAGAAAAGAAUGCUGUUUUGAAAGAUUUCCUCGCAAGCUCUGUAAUUCUCAGAGAGGUGGCCGAUGUAUUGAACAUGCGCAUCGCUACCUUCCACACGUGGUCUUGGGAGACUGAGGUGCCUAUUGAGCAACGUCGACAUGUGACCGGUGCGUUUCAUAUGUACAUUGAUGAGGACCUCCUCCAAGCAAUAUUCUUGCAGUUCAUUGGAGUGAAGUGGUCGGUGUUCUUUAGGCAAGCGUUUAUGAACUUUUCCAAUUAUGAUGGAGCAUGGACUUCCUUGCGCCAACCAAUUUCAAGACUGGACAAAAAGAGAAGAGAAUACUUUCUUGGACCCCAGGCCAUGAAGCCAAGCAUCCAAAGCAAGCGCCAGGGACUUUACAAGUCCAUUUUCUUUAUGUCUCAACUACCUCAAUCAGAAUAUUCGACCACCCAGGAGGUGGAUGGUGAAGAAGAAGUCGUGAUCAGGGGUCCGGGAGGAGCAGGAGGACGCACAAAACAAACAGCCAGAAAGUCAACCGGAGGUAAAGCUCCACGGAAGCAGAUGAUGGCUCCAAUGCAAGUGCCUGGCGCGCUAAGAGCUCGAAAGGUGGCACCCUCUCCCUUGAGCAUCAAUGACGAAUAUGACAUGGAACUCGAAGACGACAUACCCCAAUCAUCGAUGGCUACCAAGCAGUUUUUGUUGCACCUUGUUUCGACAGAGAUUCUAGUCAACACCCGGUUAUACGGAGAUUUUACAUGCGCACGCUCCGAAUUUGAUGACUGGAGUCCUUCGCUGCCCCACUCCACUGUUAGGGCAGUGCUCUCAUUCUAUGGACUGUCGAAGAAAUGGCUCGGCUUUUUUCAAACAUUCAUGGAAGCACCUCUCAAAUUUACCGAGGGUGGUUCGUCAGCUGAGACGCGAGUACGAAAGAGAGGCGUCCCGGGUGCACAUGCGCUAUCCGCAGUCUGUGGCGAGGCAGUGUUGUUUUGCCUGGACUAUUCGGUGAACCAGCAAACCGACGGAGCCCAACUGUAUAGAAUGCACGAUGAUUUUUGGGUCUGGUCGUCUUCUCAUAAGACUGUUGUUAAAGCUUGGGAAGCUAUCACAAGCAAGUAA